CCAGAGAAACAAGAUGUAAUUGUUGACCUUUGAUGGUCAGGUAACUCUGAAUCGAUGUUCUGGAAUAGUAGGUGCUGCAGCUGAUAAAAGACUUUUCUUUAGUUCCACAUCCAUUGUAAUGGUGGAAUUCACAUGUAUUUGGAUAUUUUUUAGCUAUUUGUUUCAGCAUAAAUUGUUGAGAAGCAUCUUUCUUUCAGCACAAGUUGUUGAAGAAAUGGAAGCUCCAAUGAAGUACAUCUGUAUUCUAGCGUUUCUUGUGAUAAUGACCAUUGCAGGGUUCAAUGGAGUGGAAGGACAUGAUGAUUAUGGUCCAUGUGGGAAACAUAACAUUGAGAAGGAAGCUGAGAAGCUGGCACCUUGUACAAAGGCAGCCCAAGAUGUGAAAGCUCCAGUUUCCAACCGUUGCUGCACUGUAAUGGAGAAAAAGCUCAAGAAUCCAAGCUGCCUCUGUGCUAUUAUGUUUGCACAUUCAGCAUACAACGCUGGAAUCAAGCCAGAAGUUGCCGUGACCAUUCCAAAACGUUGCAACAUUGCUGUUCGU